UUUAAGUUUACCUCUGUAUUUACAUAAAAAAAUUUGUUUUUGCCGCUAAUUUCAAAAAAACAACAGCGUCGACGGUAAUUUCCGGUGACGUUCGUUUCGCGGCGUUGCCACAUUGUCUUCAUGUAGACAGUAACAUAACAAUUUAUAAUGGUUAUAUUAGAUUAGUGGUUGUUAGAGUAUAUUGUUAAUUAAUUGGUAAGAACAAUGGCUUCCUUGGUUGCGGAUUAUGGAACUUCCUCAAGUUCGGACAGUAGUAGUGACGAUGUCUCAGAUAAUGCUGAUAACACGUAAGCUUUCACCAAUAUGAGCAUGUUUCGCGUUGUUUGUUGUUCCCCUUCGUUAAACACCUUAUAAUUACGUAAAUGUUAAUUUUCAUAAUAAACUGCGAUUAUUAAUAUGCUCCUACCACUCUAAUUGUAUUAAUAUGCAUAUUUAUGCAACAAAUCAUUUGGUGCAUCCGCACGUGUAUUUACAAAACGAAAAUCGUACAGGAUACGUUUAUACUGUUCGAGAGUAUACAUUCUGUUAACUUUUAUGUUUCAGUAGUUUUAUUUUUAUAUAUAAAACUCUUAUUUACUAAUUAAACAAUGAAUAAAAUAUGUAGCAUUGUAUGUGAUCUUAAUUCAAUUACCGCUUGUUUAAUAAAAUAUAUCAUUAGAAUAUUAUAGUACUGCAAUUUUUUACCUUUAAAUUAGCAUGAAUAUACUAAGUCAAGAUGGAGAAGAGGAUAAUGAAGAGGAUAAAACUAAUGAGAACGAAGGAGCACCAAAUACAGCAGCUUCCAAAGAGAAACUUCCAUUACCAACUCCAGAUUUUAAUAGUAUACCUGUUAUGAAAACCUCAGUCUUCUCAAAUCCAUUUGUCGAAGCAGAAAAGGCAAAGAGUGCUAUUCUUGAGAAACACGUGAAAAUGACACCGACUCUAGAUGAUACAAAAAUGAUUAAUGGUCGAAAGAUUUGUUGGAAUUAUAGAAAAGGUAGAUGCCGGUUUGGUCAUAACUGUACUUUCGCACACGAUUCAGAUUUACACCGAACAGCAGCUGAACUAGAAGCAAUUCGUAUACCACAAGAAACAGUUAUUUGUCAGACCCAAUAUAAUGGUCAAGUUUCCAUGAAUGAUGAUGAUGAGGUGGAUCAAGAAAAUAAUCAAAUGAAUAAACGUAAAAAAAGGCCAGGAUUAAGUCAGUCUUUAAUACCCAGUAAAAAAGUCUUAAAAAUGUACAAAGCGCAACAAGCUAAAGCCAUUAGUAGAUAAAUGCUAAUACUAACAUAUGACUAGCUGUU